AUGUCCGUGGACCUCUGGGGAGGCGGCGGUGGUGGCACAGGCUCUGCUGUCAAGGAGCAAGAAGAAGCGGGAAUCAUCGAGGUGACAGUGAACUUCAGGCCGAGUAGUUUUGGGUCCGCAAGCAGAAUAUACCACCCAAAUGGGUUGUACUUCCGUGAUGAAGACAGUGCUGGGAAUGUCAGGUAUGUUCGCUCAGACGAUGUAUACCAUCUGAGCCGUCAGGAAGACUGUCGUGUCUCUCCUCAAAAGGCAGCGUUUCCAUGUUGGAAACUCGCUCUGAACAGUGAAUACUUCCACGUAACUCCGCUGGCAAUGCUCGAAUGGCCUAGUGAUGAGCUCCCACUUGGAGAUCGCACCUGGGUGAUGAUGGACACACCCGCUGGUCAGCCCUUUGCUCAGCCGUUUCAGGACGUUACCAACAUAAGCUUGAAGUCUGCCAGAAAAUCCUGCGGAAUUUGUGGCGGUUCGGGAGGGGCUGGUGCCCAUGUCCGCGCUCUGGUCAAGGUGAAGGCGGGCCGCACCUACCGCAUCGAAGCCGGCCAAGGCGGGAAGGGCAGCUCUGGAGGCCGCAGCGCCUCGAACGGCCAGAGCAGCCGGAUGCUGGAGAUGCAGGCCUCAGGCGAGUGGAGCAUUUUGGCAGAGGCUGGCGGAGGUUUUGGUGCUGGAUCGAUGGAGGGCCGCUUGAAGUUCUCCCCAGGUGGUCGAGGCGGCACAGCGCCGAAGUUGGACUCGCACGUCUUCGCGCGCCCGGGCCACCCAGGAUGGUCGUCGAGGGCGAGCCUGCUGACCGAGGACACCAUCUUGUUCCCCAUGGCCAUGCUACCAGCAUUAAGAUCAUCAGGCCGCCCUGGCACCACUUACUAUGCAGCAAGACGUGAUGUGCCACCCAAAGGACAACUUCCUCAGAGGCUGUUUCCUCCGGGGGUUUCCGUAACAUGCACGCAGGAGACUGAAGACAAUGAUUACGCUAAAUACCCCUUCCGGAAGGCGAAGUACCCACCGCUGUGCAGUGCCACGAAUGCGCGAUAUCCCGCGGAGUUCGGCGAGUUCUUCGACUUCUUCCUCACCUGCGACGUAAACUGUGAGGGCACGCGGUGGCCUGUAGUCCCCACUGCCGGGCAGGGGUCGGUGGGCGUGGGCCUGACCGCCCAGACACGGAGUGGUUGGGGUGGGACCGGCAGCUGCCCGCAAAUACAACCGGGCUCCAAAGUCGAGCUUCGGAGUAUGGGCGGCGAGGAUGGGCACAACGGUUCGGUCAUCUUGCGCCGGUGCAAGAGGGAGGGAGCGUACACCUUGGCACUGCAACGCUGCCAGGGCAGCGAUACUUGGACUGUCCACGGCCUUUGGCCGAGGGGUGUGCGAAACUGCAAAGUCACAAAAAUUUGGAGUCAUCCACCCUGUCCGCCUUGA